CUCCAUGAAUGAACCAUUCACAUUGGUCCUGCCCACGGCGUCGCUCGCACUCGCAGGGGCGCGAUGACAGUCUCCCCGAUUUUUCCGUCCGACUCGAUGAAUCGACUCGACUGAUCCUCAGAGUCAACGUUCUCGCGGGAUGUCUCGGCGCCGUUGGAGGACACGCACCGGGCCUCAGCCUAGACCUCUCAUUCGCGUAGAAGCCAAGACCGUGAGGGACUUCGUGGGGUAGGCUUUCUGCCAGACUGCCACACUGUCACAUAUCCCGUACGCGGCUCAG